ACAAGAGCCUCUCAUAUUAACCGUUUCUUUCUUCCCAGCUCGUUAAUGGCGAAUUCGCUCGAUCACGCGCUCUAAAUUCACAUGGCGUUCCUUCGCAAUUGGGUUCGACGGAGACUUCGUACUCUGUUGCUCCCUUUUUCUCGGGAUGAACCUGAUCUUCAAGUUGAAUUAGGGUUUACUGAUACUCUCAUCACCGUACGGAAUUUUCGAUUCGAUGUUUCUCAGCUUAAUCAGCUCCUCGAUGGAUCGAAAUUUCCAUUUGAGAAAUUCACUGUCGACCACUUGACUGUUCAGUUUUCCGUUUGGUCAGCUCCGGCGAUUAAAAUCGAAAUUCGCGGUGUCAAUGUCAAAUUGUCAGCCAGAGGGACGAAGGAAGGAAGCUCGAGGAGGAAACGAGCAUCAAGUGAGACAGUAGCAAAUGAGAUAAAGAAAGUUCUAUCUUCUAUUGAUCCCGAGGGAUGUGUUUUACAUGGAAUUUUGGAAAAGUUGCUGGGUCGUAGCACUUCCCAGAUAAGUAAGCUCAAGACGUCCUUCUCGAAUCUUCUUCUCAGGCAUUUCCGUAUUCAGAUACAUGAUAUUCAUCUUCAACUUUGUUUCCCGGGUUCAAGUGAGUUGAGUUGCGUUCUGGAAAUCGAUGAGUUGAAGAGUGAUUCUGAGAAUUUUGGAAAUCUUAGUUUAGUUAGGAGUUCGGCUGCUGCAGUUUUAUUCCCUUUGAGUCGUAGUUCCCUAACACUGAGUUGCUAUGGUUUCAAGAUUGGGUAUAAGCGGAAUAAUGUGAGCAUUGAACUUUGUGCAUUUGACAGCCUUGUCAUGUUGAUUACGCUGCAUAAUCUUCAACUUAUUGAUCUGAUUGUCCGCAUUCCGGAGUUAACCUUUUUGUUUAGACCCACUGAUCUUCCGGUUUUAAUGGGACUGGCAAAUCUAUCAUCCAAAGAUAGCAAUUCUGUCAGAAAUGGACGUCAACUUUGGAAAGUAGCUGCUCGCAAAACUGGAUUGAUGAUUUCACCUCACAAUUUUUCAUUUCAGAAUUCAGUCAAUGCUGUUAUCUUAUGGCUGCGAUAUGUGAAUGAUUACGAGUAUCUGCUAUCUUUAGCUGGGUACUCCAGGAAAAUCCCAGAGAAAUCAUUACUUUGGAAAUUUUCAGAAAACAAAAGGCAUUUUGAAACUGCAAGACGUAAAUGGGAGAUGAUAUGUAAUAUUGAGAAAGAUCUGUCUGCCGAAGCUAUUGCACGGGCACGGAGAGUAGCCAGAUACAGAACUUGUCUGAAUUCUCAGAAUGUUGAUGACAUUUAUGACGAAUCUUCCCUUUAUGGCCACUUCAAUUGUUUGUCUAAGAUCACCUGGGUUUUAGCUUAUAUCUGGAGUCUUAUUAGUAAAACAUUCUGGUCUGUGGCAUGCUGUCUAUGGUUAAACAAACUGUUGACCCAAGAACUACAACCUGAUAGGAACAAUGAAGAUGAUUCCGAGCGGCUAUCUCUUGGGUUUCAUGCAGUUGUAUAUCUUGGGAAACUUUCAGUUACAUUUUAUCCAGAGAAAAUGGUUUCAAAAGACAGGCCUGAACACAUGGACUCAAACAUUUCCAUGCUCUGCCUUUCAGUUGAUGAGUUAUUGGUAAUGUCUACUGUUGGCUGUUUUACUCAGUGUUUGUCUGCUUCCUGUGGGAAACUGAAGGUUGAGUCCUCUGAUUUAAAAAAUACCAGUCGUUUCAUGAAUUCUACGCAAGAUCCCAGUAGUUCUUCUGAAGGAAACAAGAAGCACAUGGGUGAAGAUGUGAGAACUGUUGUAGACAUGGACCCAGCACAGCGAAUUUCCAAAACAGUUAGCAAUCAUGGCGAUGAUCAAAAUGAAGGUAUUCUGCAUCUACACAAUCUUUUGAGAGAAAUGUGGUUGAACUGGAACAGGAAUUGUUUGAGGUUGGAUAAAAGUACUUUUACAAUUUCUGAUAACCCUUGUCUACUCGUUGACAUUCAAAACUGCAUGGCAUAUGAGCAUGUUGGUAACCAAGAUUCCGAGUUCUGGAAAUGCAGCAUGGUAUUGGGAAAGUUGGAUAUUGUUUUAGAAUAUUCAUCGUUGUUUUCAAUGGCUUUGCUAAUUUGGCAGACAGAAUGGGCUCAGAAGUUAUUUGUAGACGAAUAUACUGGAAGGGUGCAUUCAAGUUCUUCGGUAACUGGUGGGGUUGAUCCUGAAAUAGCUAGUUAUGACGAAUAUGGGAUCUACAGGCGCAGUAUCGAACUGUCUUUACAAAGAGUUCAUCCAGAGAGACAGAUUCAGGUUGCCAUAUUUAUUGGUGGCCCCCAGGUAAAAUUGCUAGUUGAGAAGGCUAGAGAAGUGGAUACUUUGAUCAGGAAGAAGGAUUUUCUAUUAUUUGAUUUUCAUGAUAUUGAGUUUGUUGUCUGGCCGACUUCGAAAUCUGACGAGGUGCCAUUAAGGAUGCCUAAUAACGCAAGAGCAGAUAGGCCUUUGCUUCAGGAGCUGGGGCUAAGUGAAACGGUGAUUCCAAGUUAUGAAAAAUAUGUUUCUCAAGGAUGGAACUCCCUGUCCUCACACCUAGGGUUUUCUGGUUUUGAUUGUUCUUUUUGCAAAAUGGCAGAAAAGAACUGGAGUCAAUUAUUUGUAGUGAGACCAGUAACUAUCUGCUUUUCAUCCUUAAGAGAGCAUGUUUAUUCCUUUAGCGAAGCUAUAAUGGGUUUCUCAACUGGUUUGGAUGUAUUGGUGCUGGGACUGACUAUUGUAUCAAAACCGGAUGACCUAAAUGCUUACUUUCAGAUGCUUCUAAGCUUAGUUGCUGAGCUUUCCCAUGGUUUGAGUGGCUUAGGCUCUGUGGGUCAUUCAUUGGGGCAAGAAUUUCUCAGAUCUGAUGCAGUCAAUGUGGAACAUGAGACCGAAAGGAUUUUCUGCAGAACUCUUUUUGUAGUUAAAGGGAGCAUUAAGCUGAAGGAUAUAGAUGUGAUAUUUGAUGUUCCUGCAGUAGAUGACGAAUUUGAGAGGCUCACGGAGCUAGAUAAUUCUAGAAUCUGGUCUUCUCUCCAGGAAGCAUGCAUUGAAUUAGUUUUAGAAGGACAUAAGUGUUUAGUCAAUGUUGAUCUGUGUGAACUCCAAUCAAUUCUCUUCAGAUAUGAGGGUAAAAUAUGGAAGAGUUCUGGAAACUUUAUCGCAGAAUCUUUGCUGUUCAGGUCACAUGCUAUUUUGUUUGAAGCAUGUCUUUCUAGCUGCUUAUUGAGUGUGUCUAUGGAUUGCUUAAGCCCAUCAGCACUAGGGGACGCCUGUUGUAUGGCUGGAGAUUCUACAGGAAAUGCAUCAGCAGCAAGUGAACCUUCUACAAACAAUGUUUGGGUUCAGAGAGAAGUGAACAUGUUGGAAUCUGCUUCAAUCUCUACACCAUCCAACUUGACGCGUUGGAUACACAUCAAUUUAGCUUUGACUGACUUACUUGUAGCUAGAGGCUCAACAAAAAAUGUUUUGAUGGAAAUCCGUCGGUCAAGUAAGUUUGUAACAGCGGUUUCUAUUGGGAGAAAAUUUCAGUCAAUCUCCUGUGAUGUUGAGGGUGGUCUUUUUGUCCUUGAACCAAAGGCCUUGAUAGGGUUAAUUCAUGGUUACUCCAUGUACCUUUAUUUCAUUUCGAGUAAGGUGUCAGUGAUUCAGAAUUCUGCACCAGUUCUUGAGAAAUUCAAAGCUGAUUCAGGUGUCACUGAAAUUAGUACUCCUUCUCAACGAGAAAACUGGUACCCCGUAGAAGCAUUUUCUAUAGAUGUUACCCAGUUUGCACUGGGUUUUGUCUGUGAUGAUGAAUAUGGAGGUAUAAGGGAAAUUGUUCUGGAGAUCACUCUCCACAGUUCCCUCGAUUCGGCAGGUGGAGAACAAAAGUUUCUUUGUGAGGUUUCUCGCUUAUCAGUUCUUUCUAAGAUUCUUGAGAGCGUGGAAAGGGACAUAAAUAUUACUCAAUUUUCUUCUCCAGCAUUUAGUGAAUCUUCAUCUUUUCUGUCUGGUGCUCCUCUUGAAACAUCAUUUCAGCAAAACAAUGUAAUCAGUUUAGGUGGUAGCACAAGUGUUUCAGCAGAUUUUAAUUCUCUAAGAGAUUUUUCUGCAAACAGCAAUUCACAGGAAGAAUUUCACUCUCGUUAUAAAAAAUAUCUUUUGGAAGACCUACGUGUCUCUGCAUCUGUUACGAAGCGAGAAAAUACUGGUCACCAGUUUAGCCAGGCAUGGGUCGGCAGUUGUUCUGUUCUGGGAUUCGAUAUAACUAUUUCUCUGUCAGAAUUGCAGAUGAUACUUUCUAUGCUUUCAUCAUUUGCUGCAUUACCUGGAGGAGGAAGCACACUUGCUUCUUUAGAAGAAAGGCCUUCUCUGUCCAACAGCGAAUCUGAAAGAAGUUUUGAGUCUAUAGUUCCCGAUGGAGCCAUUGUUGCUAUUCAAGAUACAAACCAACAUAUGUUCUUCACAGUAGAAGAAAGGGGGGACAAGUGUGUUGUAACUGGUACCCUUCAUUAUUCUCUUGUCGGAGAAAGAGCUCUUUUCAGGAUCAGCUACCAUCGUCAUCAAGGAUGGAAUUCAUCCACCUUAUGGUUUUCCUUGACAUCUUUGUAUGCCAAAAACAGUAAAGGAGAGCCAUUACGGUUAAACUACCAUUCAAGCUCAGAUAGUGUAAAUGUCUCUGGACUUUACGACAAUGCACCAACCCUCUUUCGGGCAUCUUUUGACGAAUCCGAAAAUUAUAAGGGUGAUAUUGACUGGGAAACCUACCGUAAAAUGGUCAAAGAUACAUUUUACCUCGUUAACAAGAAGAGUGCUUCAGCUGUUGCAUUUAUUGAUGGUUUUCCAGAAUUUGUCAGGAAGCCAGGAAAUCCAUUCAAGUUUAAAGUGUUUCGUGAAAGUUUGACGACUCGUAAUGUUACACCUGUGGUUUCCUCUGAGAUCAAUGAGUCUGAAGCGCAAUCUGUGAUGGACUCUUUCCCCCCUUCUAUUGCCAUCACAAUUGAUGGCGUAUCUCUGACCAUUGUUCAUGAACUUUCAGAAACAAGGGACAAAUUUCCCCUUUUUCGUGGUUCAAUCAAUAUCACUCAGCUCAGUAUACAAAUGCUAUCUUCUAAAGCCAGGAUUAUGAGUACAUCAAACAUAUUGGUGCUGUACUUUGAUGCUCAGACAAACCAGUGGCGGGAAUUUAUUCAUCCAGUUGAAGUUAGUGCUUUCUACCGUUCAACUUUUCAGACUCAGGAGCUUCAAAAUACAAUGCACAAAGUGCCUACCCAUAUUUACUGCAGAGUUGGAAAGUUGGAGGUCUUUGUAACCGAGCUGUCUUUGGAUAUGCUCCUUUUUGUGCUUGGAAAACUGGAGUUUGCUGGUCCAUUUUCUGUGAAAACCUCCUCUAUUCUUUCCAAUUGUUGCAAGGUAGAAAACCUCUCCGGCCUCGACCUUAUUUGCUGUUUCAAUGAGAAACAGACUUCCACAAUUGGUAGGAAGCAAACUGCUUCGAUUUUUCUUCGGCAUUCAAUGAACCAUCAACCAGAAGCUUCUCCAGUUGCUGCAGUCCAGCUAUCUUCUGGAAAGUUUGUAACCUCCUCUAUCAGCGUUUCUUUGUUAGAAGCAAGAACACUAGCUUGGAGAACAAGGAUAGUAUCACUCCUAGAUUCGAGGAGUCAUCCUGGACCGUUUGUUGUUGUGGAUAUUAAGAAGGGAUUUGAGGAUGGUUUAUCGAUCUCAGUUUCUCCUUUGAUAAGGAUUCAUAACGAGACUAGUCUUCCCAUGGAGAUACGUUUUCAACGAUCUAAACAGAAGAAGGAUGAUUUUGCUUCUGUACCUCUGAAGCCUGGGGGUUCAGUGGAUGAUUCAGUCGCAGCAUUUAAUGCCAUAAGCUUAUCAGGAGACCUGAAGAAGGCAUUGACAUCCUUAGCUGUUGGUAAUUUCUCACUCUCGUUCAGACCUGAAUCUUUGGAAGCUUUGUUUGAGGGUGAGAAGUCACUGGCAAGUGAAUGGUCAGAAGAGCUUGAAGGAGGCAAGGCAGUACGCUUAACAGGAAUUUUUGAUAAAUUAAGUUAUGGAGUUAAAAGGGCAUUAUCUAUCGAAUCAGUGAAGGUCUCAUUGACUACUACAUAUUGCUCUGUCACAUCCGCAAGUCAAUGUGUUGGUAAAGUGCAUUUUCUGAUCCAUAGCAUUCGGAGGGAAGUACCAAUCAUACGGCCUGAUGCGUCCUCUGAUGUGCUUGAGAAACAGAAAGCAUGUAUUGCAUUGCGAGAGCAGAAGGAAAUUUUUCUUUUGCCCACUGUGCAGGUGUCCAACUUCUUGUCCUCCGAAGCAGCCAUUCUUUUGACAGAAACUGAUCAGUUCACCUCUAUGGAGAAACACAGCAUUGGGAAGCAUGCAACUGUACAGAGUGGAAAAACUAUGGAUUUCUAUGCUAAUCCUGACAUGAUAUACUUUAGAGUUACACUCACUAUUUCCCAAGCGAGCUGCAAACCAGUCAAUAGUGGUCAGUGGGUUAAGAAGUUACAGAAGCAGAAGAAUAAUGCAGAAUGUUUGGAUGUUGAUCUCGAUUUUUCGGGUGGAAAAUACUGUGCUUCCUUGAGAUUGUCUCUAGGGAAAAGAGGCAUAUUGGAGGCAGCUGUUUUCACAUCGUACAUUCUUAAAAACGACUCAGAAUGCACCUUGUUCUUCUUUCCUCCUGAUCAAAAGCCUCUGUCCAGGGAAGAUAUGGAGAAACUUGAUCAUGUUAUCCCCCCUGAGUUUGGAUUGUAUUUGCCCCCAAAGACACAGGGGUCGUGGUUUUUAAGAUCUCGCAAGGUUUGUGUCAUAUUGGCUGAUGGUCAUGGGGCAACUGAAGCAGUGUUGGAUCUGGAUGCUUUAUCAGGACUAACAGAGAUUAGUUUGGGAACAAAAGAUGAGUCUGGGUUUCGGUUUAUAACAAGGUUUGGGUUGUCAGUUAAAUCAAUCUCAAGUAAAAUGGUUGUUCCAUCACGGAUCGUGACUUUUGUUCCGAGACAUCUUGUAAUUAAUGAAUCAGAAGAGACCAUCAGCAUCCGCCAACGCUAUUUUCAGGAUGACUCUGUUGGCAUAAUCACCAUCAAAAGUAAGCAGAGGGCAGCCUUAAUAUUGCAGGAAGAAACUACCGAGAAGAAAGAACUCAAUCUGUUCGAAAAUUUUAUCAGAAAACACGGAAGUAACAAUGCAAAUCCGUUGAUAUUCGUCCAGUUUAGGUCGAACAAAGCAAACUGGAAUUGGUCAGGCCCAUUAUGCAUCACUUCAAUUGGAUGUUUUUUCCUUAAGUUCAGAAAGCAGUCAGGUGAAGCAGGCAGAGGCGCAAUUGAAUUUGCAUCUGUUAAUGUUACUGAAGAAGGUUCAACUCUUGCUGUCCACUUCCAAAAACCACCAAAUUCUCUACCACCAUAUCGAAUUGAGAAUUUCUUGCAUUCUGCAUCUCUCACGUACUACCAAAAGGAUUCAUCAGAGAUUGAAGUACUUGGACCUAGAAGUGGGGCUGAUUAUGCAUGGGAUGAUAUGACUCUUCCUCACAAGCUUGUAGUUAUAGUAGAUGGAAUGAUACCUCUGCGCGAAGUCAGCUUAGAUAAGGUCCGUCCAUGGAAACCCCUUUUCAAGGCAACUCAACACAGAGGCAUAGCCUCACACUUAAUGAUGAAAAAGAAGACCAAAAACCAUAAAGCAGCCGACGAGGAAUUGAGUAGCAUACCGAUGGUAAAGGUUGGAUAUGAAGUCUAUGCAGAUGGUCUGACUCGAGUCAUUCGCAUUUGUGAAGUUUCAGAAAGCCUAAAAGGAGACUCACUAUUUCAUUCUCGUUUGAAAAUUCAAUUCCGAUUAACCCAUUUAGGAAUUCACUUACUUGAAAAAGUGAAGCAAAAUGCAGAGGAGAAAACUGCCAUGUCUUAUUCUCCGAUCCUAGUGGCAAGACUUGACAAUGUUGGUCUACAUUCCAUGUUCACAGACCAACAAAAAUUUAACCAAUUAUGUAUAGAGGCUCUGAAUAUUGAUUACAAAUGGGAAGGGGCACCCUUUGCAGCCAUGCUUCGUCAGCAUCAAUCAAGUUCAAGUGACGCAAAUGAUUGUCUAUUCAAAUGUGUAUUCAUUCUAGUAUCAAGUGGUUCCAGUGUCACACAAGUCAAGCACUCCUCAAUAGUGUUACAGCCAGUCAAUUUGAACCUAGACGAAGAGACUUUAAUGAGAGUUGUGGCAUUUUGGAGAUCAUCUCUCAGUACAAAUACGCAAAGUAGCCAAUACUAUUUUGAUCAUUUUGAAAUUCACCCAAUAAAGAUUACUGCUAAUUUUCUUCCUGGGAGUUCAUAUUCGAGCUAUAAUUCAGCUCAAGAAACUCUGAGGUCAUUGCUGCAUAGUGUUGUUAAGGUUCCAGAGAUUAAAAAUAUGGUUGUAGAGCUAAAUGGUGUAUUGGUCACUCAUGCUUUGAUAACAGUUCGCGAACUACUUCUCCGAUGUGUAAAACAUUACUCAUGGUAUGCAAUGAGAGCAAUCUACAUUGCAAAGGGCAGUCCGUUGCUUCCACCAGCUUUUGCAUCCAUGUUUGAUGAUUUUGCAUCGUCCUCUCUUGAUGCGUUUUUUGAUCCUUCUCGAGGCUUGGUCAAUGUCCCUGGUUUGACAGUGGGCACUUUCAAACUCCUCAGUAAAUUUAUUGACAACAAAGGACUGUCAGGGACAAGACGUUACUUUGGUGAUCUUGGGAAAACUCUAAGAACAGCUGGAUCCAAUGUAAUCUUCGUUGCUCUCACUGAAAUCUCCGACUCUGUUCUGAGAGGUGCAGAAAUGAAAGGUGUUGACGGACUGGUCAGCGGUUUCCACCACGGAAUCCUUAAACUAGCGAUGGAACCUUCAGUGAUAGGAACAGCUUUGAUGGAAGGUGGACCUGAUCGAACAAUUAAGCUUGAUCGUAAUCCCGGUAUUGAUGAGUUAUACAUUGAAGGAUACCUUCAAGCUAUGUUGGAUACAAUGUAUAGACAAGAGUAUCUCAGAGUCAAAGUCAUUGACGAUCAGGUUUUCCUGAAAAACCUACCACCAAGCAAUUCUCUCAUAGAUGAGAUGAUAGACCGUGUUAAAGAUUUUCUCGAAAGCAGGGGAUUACUCAAAGGAGAUCCCUCAAGCUCUCGUCCUCGUCGCCGUCUCCAUGGAGACAAGGAAUGGAAGAUCGGACCAACGCUGGUAACAUUGUGUGAACAUCUAUUCGUCAGCUUUGCAAUUCGCAUACUGAAACAGCAUGCCACAAAGGUCAUUACAGGUCUUAGGCCAAAGAAGGAAGAAUCAGAUGCGGAGAGUAGUGACACUGGUUCCAGUACUGCAAUUGUACCGGUAAUGAAUGACCAGAAGAAGAAGAAAGUGAAGUUUAUGUGGAGAACUGGUGUUGGGAAUUUUGUGGCUUCAGGUAUCGUUGCUUACAUCGACGGACGUUUGUGCCGACAAAUUCCUAAUCCAAUAGCUCGCCGGAUUGUGAGUGGGUUUUUGUUAAGUUUCCUUGAGAAAAGCAGUGAACAAUAACCACUUCCUCUGUAAAUAAUCUUCUACAGUAGAACCAUUACAUUACAUCAAAUAGAAAGUAAUAAAAGCUCCUUACGUUUUUCUU